AGUAGUAUUUUUACAGUGAGAGACAGAAAGGGAAAGGCUAAUGCUUGAAACACUGGCGAGCAGAUACUCAGCAUCUCCUCCAGACAAUGGACAAGGCUGGCUAGCUCAAGUUCAUUAUAAACUACGCUUAGAAAGCGCGCCUGAGCUCUGUGUGUGGACUCGGAGCCGCCUUCGCAGUCAAAGAGUCGUCUGGUUUCAACAGUCUCCAGUCAAGCUACACGGCCCAAACAGAGUCUAAGAUGCCCUAGGCGGUGAGGAGGGAAAUGUAAAUGGCUUCCAAAGUAAAAGAUGCUGUGGUGUGGUACCAGAAAAAGAUUGGCGCCUAUGACCAACAGAUAUGGGAGAAAUCAGUGGAGCAGAGAGAAAUAAAGUUUAUUUCUCUGGGCUUGAGGAACAAGCCAAAGAAGACGGGACACGUUAAACCAGAUCUCAUCGAUGUGGACUUGGUUAGAGGGUCUGCGUUUGCCAAGGCCAAACCUGAGAGUCCAUGGACGUCACUGACCCGGAAGGGCAUCGUUCGAGUCGUCUUCUUCCCGUUUUUUUACAGAUGGUGGAUCCAGGUCACCUCCAGGGCCAUUUUCCUCUUACUGCUGGCACUCUAUCUGCUGCAAGUGUCUCUCCACUUUUUUCCAAACCGAAGGAAGUUGAGGAAGGCAUCUCAGAUGGAGGUGCAUAGGGAAGGCGACGGGUCUAGCACUACCGAUAACACACAGGAGGGGGCGCCACACUCCCACUCAGCCAGCACCACAUACAGCCUGGGCGCUUUCUUCCAAGAUUUCUGGCAUGAUAUCUGUAAAGCUGGAUCCAAGAAGUCCAAGCUUUCCAUCGAUAAAUCCACAGAAACGGACAACGGCUACGUGUCGCUGGACGGCCGCGUGACCAAUCGCAGUAGCGAGGAGGGGCUCCAGCUCCACGAGCAGCGAUGCGAUUUGUUAAAUAGGGCUGACGAGGUGUGCUGGAACCCGCACACGCAGCCUGCACACGGUCACGCUGCCCGCAACAAUGGACUGCUGCUGGCCGGCGGUAAUAAGGAGCCGGCGUCCGAUGAGGCUUCCAGUGAGGAGGACCCUGAAGCGUCCUACAGCGCCCUCCGCAGGGGAGUGGAAAGAAUGAACAGUGACUGUGCACUCCGAAAUCGCAAGAAUACGCACCACUAUAAGAAACACUACACUGUGGAGGAUGUCCCCAAGUCUGGUACCAGCUGCAGCUCCAGAUGUUCAAGUCUGAGGACUCAGGAUUCAGAGAGUACUCGACACGAGUCUGAGACCGAGGACCUGAUGUGGGAGGACUUCCUGCACUGCACUGAGUGCCGAUCGUCCUGCACGUCAGAGACAGAGGGAGAAGGAGGAGGAACGCCUGUGUGUCCGGCCAAGAAGGAAUACAGAGAUGACCCUUUCCAUCAGGGUCACCUUCCCUGGCUGCACAGCUCCAACCCAGGCCUGGAAAGGGUGAGCGCCAUCGUGUGGGAGGGAAACGAGUGCAAGAAAGCAGACAUGUCUGUCCUGGAGAUCAGCGGCAUGAUUAUGAACAGAGUGAAUCUUUACACUCCUGGAAUCGGUUACCAGGUCUUUGGGAACCUAGUUUCAGUAGCACUUGGGCUCACACCCUUUGCUUACAGACUGGCUCAGUACCGUGACUUGGAUCAGUUGACCACUCUCUCAGCCAAUGAGCUUCUGUCUGUGGCGCUGGGGUGUGGGUCUGGUUCAGAUGUCCUGGUAAUCACCAUGGUAACGCUCAGCUUCCUGGUGCGCGUUUGCCUUAUCUGGCUCUUCUUCUUCCUGCUCAGCGUAGCAGAGAGGACAUACAAACAGAGACUUCUGUUUGCCAAACUUUUUGGUCACCUGACUUCGGCCCGCAGAGCGAGGAAGUCUGAGGUCCCACAUUUUAGGCUGAAGAAAGUUCAGAACAUCAAGAUGUGGCUGUCGCUACGCUCCUACCUCAAGAGACGGGGUCCUCAGCGUUCGGUGGAUGUCAUUGUAUCGUCUGCUUUCCUGCUCACGUUGUCAGUCGUCUUCAUCUGCUGUGCUCAGUUGCUCCAUGUCCAUGAAACGUUCCUGGACUGUCAUUAUAACUGGGAGCUGGUGAUCUGGUGCUCCAGUCUGACUCUGUUCCUGCUCCGGUUCGUCACUCUGGGCUCUGAGACCAGCAAGAAGUAUAGCAACACCUCCAUCCUGCUCACUGAACAGAUUAACUUGUAUCUGAAGAUGGAGAAGAAGCCAAACAAGAAGGAGGAGCUGACACUGGUCAACAAUGUUUUAAAACUGGCAACCAAACUACUCAAGGAGUUGGAUACUCCGUUCAGGUUGUACGGUUUGACGAUGAACCCUCUGCUCUACAACAUCACCCAGGUGGUCAUCCUGUCUGCUGUGUCAGGAGUCAUAUCUGACCUGUUAGGAUUUAACCUGAAGCUGUGGAAGAUCAAAUCAUGACAGUGGACUGAGAAACGGCGUCGACACUUCACUCUCACUGACUGGCUGAACCGCUCGUCUGACUGGCCCGACCCACCGAGAGACCGAGCCUCAGCUUCGACAUAUCAGAGUGCUUUGACCUUCAACGUUUCCACUUUGUGCAAUUCACAGACUAUUUAUUUACCCAUUCAGUGUUUAUACCUAGGCUUUAUUUGAAUUCUAGUUUCUUUCAUGUUUUUGUGUUUUGUGACACAAAGUUCGGUUUUUACCUGUCAACAAAAGUGUUAUGAGUGUUUCCCCUAGGUUACCGCUUUGGAGGGGAGACUUCUCGCUUGUUUGUUUGUUUUCCUCCCCCCCUGCUCUAAAGCAAAUCUCCCCUGUCGUUUUAGACGGAUCAAGACUUGUAGGGAUGCUUUUUGCAUUUACACACAUGAAGUUGGCUUCAACAGGAGUAACGUUAUCUUCACAAACAAAACAAAAACACAGUAGUGUGCUCCCCCGCCCACAUUAUUUUUUUUCCUCUUGCCCCCCCGAGUUGUUGGUAGGGGGAACGCUGUGUGAACAUAAAUUAUUAUUAAGUGAUGGUUGAGGUUCUCAGCUCGAUCUGCAGCUUUUCAUUUUAACUCAUUUGCAGGCAAAAAUAUUUUAUUGUAUUUUUUCCUUUUUUCUUUUUUUUUUU